AUGAAGAACCGCACCACAGCCACUUCACCCGGCUUCAUCCUCUUGGGCUUCUCCACCCACCCCGCAGCCCAACUGGGCCUCUUCUUCCUGUCAUUACUCCUCUUCCUCCUGAUCCUGCUUGGGAACCUGACCAUUGUGCUGCUGGCCUGGACGGACUCUGUCCUCCUCUCUGCCCCCAUGUACUUCUUCCUGGGUCACUUCUCCUUGCUGGAAAUGGGCUUCACCUCUGUCACCGUCCCCAAACUGCUGGCCGACAGCUUCUCCUCCUGCCACUUCAUCUCCUUUGCAGGCUGCGCCACUCAGACCUUCUUCUUCAUCGCCCUGGGCAGCACGGAGUGUGCCCUGCUGGCCGUCAUGGCUUACGAUCGCUACGUGGCCGUGUGCCGCCCGCUGAGGUACCUGCAGGAGAUGCGCCCGGAAAUGUGUGCCCAGCUGGUGGCGGGAGCCUGGCUCAGCGGCUUCUUCAACUCCACUGCCCACACGGCUGCUGUCUUCCAACUGUCCUUCUGUGGCUCGCGUGUGGUCAGCCAGUUCUUCUGUGACCUCCCGCCCCUGCUGCGCCUUGCCUGUGGUGACCGAAUGGCCAGCGAGGCCGUGGUGCUCAUGUUUGGAAGCCUCUAUGGCCUAACCGCCUUCCUGGUCACCCUGGCUUCCUACGCCCGGGUGCUCUUCACGGUGCUGGGCAUGGGCUCGACUCCGGGUCAGUAUCGGGCUUUCUCCACCUGCAGCUCCCACCUGGCUGUGGUGGGGCUGUUUUAUGGCUCUGCCUUCUCCACCUACCUGCAGCCCGUGUCUGCGCGCCCAGCUUCCCAGGCCUUGCUGCUCCCUUUCUUUUAUGCUCUGGUCACGCCGACCCUGAACCCCUUCAUCUACAGCCUGAGGAACAGGGAGGUGAAACAGGCACUGAUCAGGGCCCUGGGCAGAAAGCUAUUCUGA